CUGCGCUUGGACUGGUUUUCGUUAAGGUCGAAUUUCCGGCAGUAAAUUGAAGAAAAGGGCAUAAAAACAACUAUUUUAUGUCAAAUUUAUGAAAAAUGAGAAGCAAACAGACAGUGCCGAAGAGAACGAAGGCCAUGUUGAAGAAGAAGAAGAAAAAGCUGAAGAAGAAGCCACGGUCCGGCGCACGCCGCUACAACCUUGAUGACCUCAUCAAAGCAGCCAAAGAGGUUCAGGAUGGCAGCCUGACGACGCGGGAAGCCGUCGUUAAGUACGACCUCCCAUACAGCACGCUGCACGACCGCGUCACGGGGCGCACCGACAUGGACGUCACAACGCGCGGACCCAGGUUCGUGCUCGGCAAAGAAGGCGAGAAGAUGCUGGCCGAGUACUUUCACUUCCUGUUAACCCUCGGAAUCCGCACGUCCAGCUCGAGGAUGAAAGGAUUAGCCACGGAGCUGGCCAAGUUGUUGGGCGUGCUGAAUCCCAAGAGGAAUCUCUCUGUCAAGUGGUAUGGCACGUUCGUCAAACGGUGGCCCGAGUGCGUCACAGAGCCUGUCGCCGUGGAUACCAAGUCGGUUAAUACGUAUUUCACUCAGCUGAAGGAAAUGUUAGAAAGAUAUCAACUUGUUGACAAGCCGAGACGUCUGUUCAUUCUUGAUGAGACGGAGAUCUGCAUUCCGUACCGGCCAGGCAGCACCGCCCCGUUUCCAGACAAACUCAACGAGUCCGUCGGCAGAUCAGACGAUGGGAACAACUCCCAGGACGGGGCAGACAACUCUGUUUUUGACAAGAAGCGAACCGUGUCCAAGAAUGUCACGCUGUAUGGUUGCGGAAAUGCGACCGGGAAGGUGUUGAAACCGUUUUUUGCAUGUCUGUCAAAUUUACGCAAGACGGAGGAAGUUUUGGUCAACUGUCAAGGUCACCGUGGUCUGAUGCUCGGAAAGUGGAAAAAUGGGGAGGAGAUUUUCCAGUAUUACCUCGAAAACCACUUCAAGGGUCAGACGAUUGCCCCCGACGACACCCGCCCAGUUCUGCUGCUUUUUGACGCUCAUAAAGCGAAACCGUCUGAUGCUACGAUUCGGUGGGCAAGAGAGAACCAGAUAAUUCUGUUUCCAUUACCCCCCCAUGUGCAUCAGUUACCAGAUGUAGGCUGUAUGGAACACUUCAAAGACAGUUUCGAAGAAGAGUGUAUUUCCUUUCUCGAGGAUUUUAUUGUGGAUGAUUUGGUUAACAGAAACCAUGCUUGUAACAUUGCUGGUAGAAUCUACCCUGAGGUUGUCUCCCCUGAAAACCUGAUUGCCUGUUUUCGGAAGAUUGGAGUGUAUCCAUUCAACCCGAGGGUUGUCGAUCCUAACGCUUCUGUAUUAAGUGCCAGAUCGGGACAGAAGGAGAUUACAGAAUCUAGUCAGAAUGACCUGGAGUUGGAGGUCAAUGGUAGUGAAAGCGGAACUAGUCGUGGUGUGAAAAAAGUCAAGGUGAAAAAAAUGUCGAAAAAACCAGUGGCCCAAUCUUCCAAAGACAUUAUUGCAGACUUUCUGAAAAAGAAGAAUCCAUAUUUGUUAACGGACCAAGCAAUGCGUGAGAUAAAGAUGCAGAUACAAAUGGAGGAAGAGACUCCAGACAUGAUACUCAAGAAGGCAAUAAGGGACGUCAAAAAGUCUGGUCUGUCAAUGCGAGGUGCCGCAAAGAGGCACGGAAUACCAUACAAGAAACUCUUUGAGGAGAUGGCCAAGUCGAACUCGUCAAUCCGCGACAAGCAGGGUUACCGUAGCUACACGAUGAUGAACCUGCAGAAGGCGAUGAAGGUUGUGAAGGACAAGAAGAUGACUUGUCACACGGCCAGUAAGAAGUUCGGCGUCCCAUACAGCACGCUUCACGACCGCGUGGUAGAAAGGGUUAACCCUGACGUCUCAUCCCCCGGGCCACAGCCGCUCCUCGGACCUAAAGAGGAGGAGAAAGUGGCCGAUUUCCUCCAGUACAUUAGUCUCCUAGGUUACCGCUUUCAGCAGAAAGAGGUCCAGACAUUCGUAACAAUAUACUCUCACAAAAAGAAAAUCCUCGAUCCAUGUCGAUCGUUAUCGGAAGCGUGGUACAGGCAUUUCAUGAAGCGCCACAAACGCGCCUUCCCGGAUGUAGACGUGGCUCGGAAGCCCACGGCCGAGACGAAGUUUGUGAACCGGUAUUUCUAUGACCUGCACGAAGUGAUGAGCCGGUACAAGCUGCUGGAGAAACCAGAACUGGUGUUCAACGUUGACGAGGUUGAGAUCGACCUGCCGUACAAAGUCUCGUACAAGCUGGUCACCAUCAAGAACGCUCACCUGCGCCGCGUCACUAUCAUCGCCUGCGGCAACGCUCAGGGGGAGAGUCUGCCUCCGUACUUCAUCUACAGGGGCCAGCACAAGUUCAACCAGUGCCACCUGAAACACGCACCAGCGGGGAGUCAGGGCCGGUCGACUCUUUCCCGUCACACCAGCCCCGAGGUUCUGCAGAGGUACCUCUACGAACACUUGAUUCCAUCGGUGAACGAAGACGAAGAAUCGCCAGCCUUGGUUCUGUUUGACGCCUUCAAGAUGAAGGUUACGGAGCAGCAGAUCGCAUGGGCAAGAGACAACCGAGUUAUCCUGUUUCCAUUACCUCCGGGGCUUAGCGCCGAAUCCAAAUCCAGCGAGGUCGGAAUAUUACAGAAUUUCCGGCAGUCUUUUGAGAAGACGUUUAAAGCAUACACGAGCUGCCACCCCGGGAGUACUGUGAACAAGUACAACAUCUGUGGUCUGGCGGGGGGAGUCUACGAGGACGUGAUCGCCCCGAGCUGUCUGGCAUCACAUUUCAGACGGAUGGGAAUCGUCCCACUCAACCCAAAAUCGGUGGACUUGGAGGCGAGGUAUCCCAACAAAUCUCGACGCGGUCCACCAGUCAAGAACGAAUCAGAGGAAAUGGACGAGGCUGACCAGUUUCUGAACAGUCAGAACCCGUUUCUACUCCUGAAGCAGGACCUUGGUAAAAGACUGUUACCCAAGCCUAGCAAGAGAAAAGCGGAAUCACAGGUGAAGCUGAAGAUUAAAAAAUCUAGAAUUGACGCUCCACGUUCACAUGAUUUUCACGACUCUGAUGAUGAUGAUGACGACGACGAUGGUGAUAGUGAUGAUGAUGAUGAUGGUGACGAGGUAGCAGCAGAGCGUGUGGAAGAGGAUGGGGCAUUUGCCGACGUCCCGAUCGCCGGUUUGUCGUAUCCCCCGGUGUUGCACACCGUUGGAGAUUGGUCAGGGUAUGCAACAGUGUCAGCCGCGGUGGAGGAGGAGAGACGAGUGGGGAGGGUGACGGCCGCGGAGAUGUCUGGAGUGACGUCGCGGACCUCGGCGUGGUACCGUAAGACCAGCAAGGUGACAAGUCUGCAGGAUUUCCAGCAACCGUCGGCAACAGAGCAAGCAGUGCAGACCAUUACACAAGAGAAUGUGUCCGUAUCAAGUGUACCAACCACAACGACAACCUUGCUAACCAAUAUCAAGACGGAAGUUUUUGAUAUUCCAGACAUUGCUUCAGAAGUGAUCCGAGGCCAGUCGACACUGGGUCCGAUCUCGCUGGACAACAUCAAGACAGAGGAGGUACAGGAGAGUGAAGGGAACCUCCAGAUUCAGCUCGCACCAGGCGGUGAAGGUCAGAUGAUGACUCUGGACAUGGCGACCAACAUCGCUCAGUCUGUGGCGGCGAACUCCGAGAGUCAGGGCAAAUCUACACAGAUCAUCUACCUCCACGGGGAGGCUGAUCUCACCGACGAGGCUGUCCAGCAGAGCCUUGUUCAGCAGGCAGUUGGAGACAAUCCCGCUGAGAAUCAGGAAGUUAUCAUUGUGUACAUUCCAGAAUUCAUGAACGAAGUGACAGUCUGAUGUGCCGAGUAUUUGCACGUUUUCAACUUUCGAGUCUUUGCAAAUUCAUGAAGUGAUUGUUUCAACUGUUACAAAUUGUCUGUUUAAACUUUGAGUAUUUGCUCAUUUGUGAACAACUGUUUCAGUUUUAAGUAUUUGCAAAGUCAUGAACAACUGGUUCAUCAAACUCUGGAAUGAACUGACUGUUGAAUCAUUGAGUAUUUGUAAAAUCAUGAACAACUGUUUCAACUUUGUGUGAGUAUUUGCUAAUUCAUGAGGUGACCAUUUCAAUUUUAAAUAUUUAGAAAUUGAUACAAGGGAGUAUUUUCAACUUCCUGAUGUGGCUGAUAUGUAGAGUACUUGCAAAUUCAUGAACAAGGUACAUGUAGCUGUUUGAACUGAGUAUAUAAACAAAGCGACUAUUUCAAAUUUGGAAACUCGUUAAUUGAAUGACUGCUGAGAUGUAUCUUUUUCCAAUUAUUCAUGACGAUUGAUGAAUGUUUUCAGAUUUCCUGAACUAAAUGAAUGUGAGAAUGAUUGAGAAUUAGUUUAGAUUUCACGAAAUGACUAUGAAUUGUUUGUGAGUGGUAUUUUCAUACACAAGUGAAGGUGUGAACAGAAUCAAUGUGAGAAUGAUUGAGAAUUAGUUUAGAUUUCACGAAAUGACUGUAUGAAUUGUUUGUGAGUGGUAUUUUCAUACACAAAUUAAGGUGUGAAGUGUUGAAUAUUUGCAGUUUUAUGAACAGAUGGACUGGAAUGUGGAGGAUAGUCUCAAAUUUACAAAUGAAGUUAUCUGAAUUCAUGAACAGAGUGAAGUGUUGAUGAUUCUUCUGCGUGGAGGAUUUUUCAAGAGUUUGUGAACUAUGUUUGAUGUGGAGGAUUUUUCAAGAGUUUGUGAACUAUGUUUGAUGUGGAGGAUUUUUCAAGAGUUUGUGAACUAUGUUUGAUGUGGAGGAUUUCUUCUGUGUGUAAACUAAGUGGUGGUGUGAACAUACCCAGUGGGUGGAGGAUUUUCCCACAAUUCAUGAACCCUGUGCAAUGUAAAACAUUUCCUGAAUUCAUAAAUGAAGUGACUGAGGACUGAGUAUCCUGUCAAGUAACUUAGUAGGGUUAACUUGAAUGUUGUUCCUGAAUUCAUGAAGAGACAUGCAAAUUAUAUUGUUCCUCAAUUCAUGAGAAGACAUGCAAAUUGUACUGUUCCUCGAUUCAUGAAAAAACAUGCAAAUUGUAUUGUUCCUGGGUUCAUGAAGAAACAUACAAAUUGUAUGCUUCCUGCAUUCAUGAACACAGUGAUUUGCAAAUUGUUCUGUUGUAUAAUUUAUAAACAAAGUGACUAGCAAAUUGGUCUGUUCCAAAAUUACAGUUCUGAUCAAAAUUCAUAAACUGAAUGACUUUUACAUUGUUUUGUUCCAAAAUUCACAGAAUAAAUUGUGAAUUGACAUGUAGCACUUGUUGAAGAUUGCGUUGUGGAAUGGAACUGAUUGAAUUUUUUCUCGUUCCAACCAGUGUAUCAAAACUGGUCAAAGGCCGUAGUAUGUGUUUUCCUGUCUGUAGAAAAGUGAAUGUAAAAGAUCCCUUGCUGCAUUAGUAAUAAUGUAGCAGGUUUACUCUGAUGACUAUGAGUCAGAAUAGAGUAAAUUGUGAAUUGACAUGUAGCAUUUGUUAAAGUAUUAUACGUUAUGUCAUGUUGUUAAGUGCAAUGUGGGCCAUUUGAUAAAAGAAUCUCCUUUCGUUCCAUCCAGAGCAGGGUUUAUUGCAAAACAUUUAAAAACUGAAAUACUGAUCGAAACUUGUGUAAUUUAGUAAUUAUUCUUAGGCCCAAUGCUGUCAGGGAUUUAGAUUGCACUAAAGCUAAGGCAAUAAAGGGUGUGUCCAAAAUAAGCAAGUUGAGUACAAACAUGCUAACCUCAAAACAUUUCACCUCAGAAUCAAUGGAAUGUUAAGCUGUAAUUAGAUUAAAAUAACUUGUAAUGCAUUUAUGAAUAUAAUAUGUACAACUCUUUACCAGCU